AGUGUCGACAUGCUCGCGCUCAUUCUCUUACAAAAGCGGCAACUCUAGGCACAACGUUCCUCUAUCUGCCCUGCCCUCGUCAAACUAUGUCGACACUCUCUCUUAAUGCCAAUCGAAUUCCCGUCUCCUUUUCUCUGUUAUUCUAUCUAAACUCUGCUACAAUGGGGAUGUGCGCACCAUAGGAUCAUCCUCAGACGAGCUUCGCUUUAUUGCCGUCACGUCUGUACCUUUUUGGGUGUAUAUAUACACGAUUGGGAUUGGAGUUUGUGUUCUUCAUAAUUCACUAUCCAUGUUAUUCUUUGAGGAUCUGUGGGAGUUGCUUUGCCUCGAUCGUUUCAGAUUGAAGACUCGAGCUUUCUCAGAAUCUUUAUUUCAGGGAAUUUCUGAAUUCAUGUCUAAUACGAAGUGCCAAUCCUCCGAACUUGAAGCUUGCCGAGACGACUCGGCCGCACUCGUCCUCAAAUUCAUCGCCAUCGCGUCUAUUCUCCUUGCUGGCAUAGUUGGCAUCGCUAUCCCCCUCAUCGGAAAGAAACGCCGUUUCCUCCGCACAGACGGCAGCCUCUUUGUCGCCGCCAAGGCCUUCGCGGCUGGCGUAAUUCUCGCCACCGGCUUUGUUCAUAUGCUCUCGGGUGGGUCCGAGGCCCUCAUGAAUCCUUGCUUGCCUGAAUACCCAUGGUCCAAGUUCCCAUUUUCAGGUUUUUUUGCUAUGAUGGCGUCGUUAUUGACUCUGCUUGUGGAUUUUGUGGGCACUCAAUAUUACGAAAGAAAACAGGGACGGAACAGGGCAAGUGAGGAGCAAGCACGGGUUGGGUCAGUUGAUGCUGGUUCUGAAUCUGGUAUUGUUCCAUUCGCGGGUGCGAAAGAGCCUAAUGGGCCGAAUGCAAAGGUGUUUGGAGAAGAAGAGGGCGGUGCGAUGCACAUUGUGGGGAUCCACGCGCAUGCGGCGCACCACAGACACAGCCACCCUCACGGCCAGGACGCAUGUGACGGGCACGGGCAUGGACACAGUCACGGGCAUGGACAUGGAGAUGGGCAUGUGCAUGGGCAUGAUCAUGGAUUUAGUGAGGGUGACGAGGAGAGUGGUGUACGACAUGUCGUGGUUUCGCAGAUAUUGGAACUUGGGAUCGUAUCCCAUUCGGUCAUUAUUGGGUUAUCACUGGGUGUUUCACAGAGCCCAUGUACUAUAAGACCCUUAAUAGCAGCAUUAUCAUUUCAUCAAUUCUUCGAAGGGUUUGCGCUUGGAGGCUGCAUCUCGCAGGCUCAGUUCAAGACCCUAUCAGCCACACUAAUGGCUUGCUUUUUCGCCAUAACAACUCCUGCUGGAAUUGGAAUUGGGACAGGCAUCUCUUCGUUUUACAACCCACAAAGCUCCGGAGCACUAAUUGCUGAAGGCAUCUUAGAUUCCCUAUCUGCUGGAAUUCUUGUCUACAUGGCUUUGGUGGACCUUAUAGCUGCUGAUUUUCUAAGUAAGAGGAUGAGCUGCAACUUUAGGCUUCAAUUAGUGUCUUAUUUCAUGCUCUUUCUUGGAGCUGGAUUGAUGGCCUCGCUUGCAAUCUGGGCUUAGAUUAUUUUUUUCUUUCAUUUUUCUUUUCUUCUCGAGGUGUUCAGUAAUGAACAUAAACAUGCAAAAAUUUGUUAAAUCGAUAAUUCUUUUUUGUAUUGUAUUAAAGAGAGAAAAGGAAAUUAGGAAGGGAUUAAAAUGUUGUUGUAGUCUUUAAUUUGUGGUUUUUAUUUUUAUUUUUGGAAAAAAAUUAAAAAGAAAAACAAGCUUGUUGAAA